AUGUUCCGUGAGGUAGCGGUUGGCAUACCUCACGAGUAUCGCUCGGUUUUGGUCUCCAUUGUCACGUCCUCAUGGCAGUUGCACUUGCAACUGUUACUGAGUGAUCUGACCGGAUUUUUCUCGUCAUUCGUCACUCGCCAGUGUCUCGUCAAUCUUGCAUUGUCCGUUUUUUCGCAGGCACUUGAUCAAUCGAAGAAAACGACGAGGUCUCGCCUCCACCUAGGCAAAGUUUAUCGCUACAUCCACCUGCUCGCAUCAGCAGUCGAUGUAGUGGUUUGCUGUGCCUGCUGCCUAACAACGGACAUGGAUGCCUUGUUCGUUGGUCGAAGACCGAAGUCGCCUGCUGGUUAA